AAAAGUUGGCGGGCUACUAGUGAGUGAUGGAGGAAGGCGGGCAGAGCCAUGACUACAGCCUCUAGUAGUGAGUGACGGAAGAAGGCGGGUGGAGCCACGACUAUAGCCCUCUGUUGGAGAGUGACGGGAGAAGGUGGGCGUGGGCCACGACAACAGCCCUAGCAUUGGGGAACAGCCCAGAAUGGGAGCAGCCUGCUAGAUUGACAGCGGCAGAUGGAGCAACACGGACAGCCCCAGCACAGAGAUAGUGAAAGAGGCGGUGCCAUUCCCUGUCUAGCCACGCCAUUGAUUGAUAGCUGUAGUUGAAUCAGGCAUCAGGCACGUUGACAGCCAAGGCUGAUAGAGCUACACAGAAACAGCCUCUCUCACUGAAAGGUCCUGACAGCUAUCGACGUGAUGAAGAACUGUUACUUGCGGAUAUGGGCUGCAGACAAAUAAGUUCACUCGGGGUCAAUGACAUGCGACACACAACGGUAAAUAAGUUUUAUUAGACAGGAACCCGGAACACAGUGGCUCGGUGACUCCACUCCGCUUCCACUACCUAAAUAAUGUUUUUAGGGCAGUCUGGAUGCCGGCAGUCAUGUGACCGACACCGAAAUUCCAACAUCACUUGGGAGACCAGUGCCAGGACACAGACUGCUGUUAUGCCGAAGAUUGUCUUAGUUUUAAAAAAUGGCAGAGGGUGGUAGCAGAAAACGAACCUCACUUACUCAAGAUGAAGCUGAAACAUCUCACAGUCAGAAGAGUCACAGUGAUGCUUCUCAUGAUGAAUAUGAAUCUCCUGAUGAAGGAAGCAUCCACAGGGCCCCAAAGUUCACAGAUGAUGAAACAGACACCCUCAUUGACCAAGUUAUUCAUCAUACAUGUCAGCUAUUUGGUCCCGAAGCUUUUAAUGUACACCAGAAAUUUAAAAAUAAUACUUGGGAAGAAAUAGCAAAAUCUGUGUCUACAGCUCGAGAUAUACAUCGAACUCCUGAAAGCUGCAAAAAGAGACUACGUGACUGUAAGAGGAAGACAAAUCAUAAAAUAAAGUGUAGAAGAAAACUCCAAAAGGUUUGGGAGAAAAAACUAGAAGAGCACUUUAGAAUGGUACAAGAUGACGAGAGGCCACCCACUGGUUCCCAGGAACUUAAGGUUGCUCAAGAAAAAAAUCAAAAGAAAACACAUAAGAAAAAGCAGAAGAAUUUGGAAGAGCAACAGUCUGGUUCCUUUACAACAAUUUCAAGGAAAGUUUCUUUUUCUGAAACAAAAACAGUUAUGACAGACAAUUUUCCUCCAACUGCGGAUGAACCAUCAGUGAUGCCACAUAUUUUAACAUUGGACAAUCCUUCCAUGGUGGACGAACCAUCAAUGCUGCAUCAUGAUGCAACAGCGGACCAUGCUACCAUGUUGGACCAACCAUCAAUGCUGCAACAUACUUCGACAGUGGAUGAUACUUCCUUUGUGGCCGAACCAUCAAUGCUGAAACAUUCGGCAAGAGUGGAUGAUCAUUCCACGGCGGACCAAACAUCAAUGAUGCAAGAAUAUUCUUCUGUGGUUCAAAGUUCCACUACGGUAGAGACUUCCACGGUAAAUGAAACAUCCAUGAGGCAAGAACAAUCAACAAUGGAUGAUCCUUUCAUGGAGGAAGAAAAUUCAACCAUGCUAAACCCUUUAAUGUUAGAUAAAGCCAUAGAAAGCAACAUGGUGACUGCCACACAGACACAGGAUAACAUUAAUGAGGAGCCUGUAUUGCACAGCCAGAAAAGUAAUAUUGAUACAGAAGAUACCAACCAGGUGGAAUUGAAUGCAGAGACUGCACAUUCUAGUGUAAUUGACCAUGGUCUUCAAGACCAAUUCCUGGACUCUACAAAUCAAGAACUUUUUAUACACACAGAAUGUGACGUUAGCAGAUCACAAACCAUUAGCCAACAGGAUUCUUUAAAGGAAACCAUGCAGCUAAUUGAGAGGAAUAGAAAUGAAGAAAUGAAAAAAAUUGAACAUCAAAUAAAUCAGCUGAAUAAUAAUAUACAGAUUCUCAACACAACACAAAGACAACAGAAUCAAGCACUUGUCACUCUUGCAAAUUUUUACGAUCAUCUUGUUUCAUCACAGAAUGUGGCAGCAAUCAACUACCAACAGAUGCAGCACAGUAUAAAUCAAAUGCUAGCAUGGCAGUAUGAGACUAUUACCAUCACACGCAUGAUUUCCACUUUCAUGCAACUGUUGACAGAAGAAAGACAAAGAAUGUCCAGAUCAGAUAAUCCUUCUUGUAUAUCCAAUGCUACAGCAGGAACCUUUGUAUCCAGCUGUACACGUGGAGACUAUGUAACAAGCUCUACACACAGAGAGUAUGCAACGAGCGCUGCACCUGGAACCUAUCUAUACACCACUUUACCAGGAGAAUCUGUAUCCACCCCUGCAGCAGGAACAGAUGUAUCCACCACUUUACCAGGACCCUAUGUAUCCACCACUGCAACAGUAACCUAUGUAUCCACCACUUUACCAGUAUACUCUGUAUCCACUGCUGCAGCAAGUACCAAUGUUUCCACCACUUUAACAGGACCAUAUGCAUCCUACACUUUACCAGGACCCUAUGUAUCCACCACUGCAGCAGGACCCUAUCUAUCCACUACUUUAACAGGACCCUAUGUAUCCUCGACAUUAUCAGAACCCUAUGUAUCCAUCCCUGCACCAAGACCCUAUGUAUCCACUACUUUAACAGGACCCUAUGUAUCCUCGACAUUAUCAGGACCCUAUGUAUCCAUACGUGAAACAGGACCCUGUGUAUCCUCCACUUUUGCAGGACCCUAUGCAUCCAUCCCUGCACCAAGACCCUAUGUAUCCACCACUGCAACAGAACCCUAUGUAUGCACGACUGUAACAGGACACUAUGUAUCCUCAACUUUAGCAGAACCCUAUGUAUCCAUCCCUGCAUCAAGACCCUAUGUAUCCACUACUUUUACAGGACCCUAUGUAUCCUCCACUUCAGCAGGACCCUAUGUAUCCACCACUGCAACAGAACCCUCUGUAUCCACGACUAUAACAGGACACUAUGUAUCCUCAAUUUUAGCAGAACCCUAUGUAUCCAUCCCUGCAUCAAGACCCUAUGUAUCCACUACUUUUACAGGACCCUAUGUAUCCUCCACUUCAGCAGGACCCUAUGUAUCCACCACUGCAACAGAACCCUCUGUAUCCACGACUGUAACAGGACACUAUGUAUCCUCAAUUUUAGCAGAACCCUAUGUAUCCAUCCCUGCAUCAAGACCCUAUGUAUCCACUACUUUUACAGGACCCUAUGUAUCCUCCACUUUAUCAGGACCCUAUGUAUACAACAACUUACAUGGAGACUAUGUAUCCACUGCUUAUAGAGGCCUCAAUGUAUCCACCACUGCACCAGGGCCCUAUUUAUUGAAGCCAAAACCAGGACACUCAGAAUCCACUACUGGACAAAUUGCCUCAGAAUCCACCGCUGACUCAGGACCCUCAGAAUCCACCGCUGCAACAGGAAAGUAUAAAUCCACCGCUGCACCUGUACCCUCUGAAUACAGCCCUGAAAACACAAAUUUGAGAAGCAUAGCUGUAGCAUCAGAAGUGCAUUCAAGAUUGCAAUUGGCUUAUCGACCUAGCUCAAGCUAUGAUGAGAAUAUGGAUCUUCGAGUCAGAUUAGAGCGUGCAAAUAUUCAAAUUCAACAUUGGAAGAGACAGGAAGCUAACGAUGAGGAUGAAGCUUAAAUAUUAAAGAUAUGUCACAAACGGUCUUGCGAGCCAGGGUGAAGGAACUGAAGACAGAGGGAUACAGAGUCAUCCAUGUGUCCUGUUUGAAAAGA